AUGGUUCACUUCAUGAUGAUACCCCAUCAAUCCCUACCUCACAUCGCUCCUAUGAUGCAUUUGGCAGACAAACUGGCAGCUUAUGAAGGAGUCACUUGCACGAUUUUUUUAUACAAAAACUUGUUGGAGGAGUUGCCCUCAGAUGGAUUGAGGGACGGAGUGCACAUUCUUGCUUUGCCUCCAAUGCAGGGACCUCCUAUAUUAGGGAACCCACUUGCGAACGGCGAAGCCCUUGGACGGGUUGUGAACGAGUACUUCGACAAAGAGUUGCUAGGAGCGGGCGGCGACAUAGAAGGGAAACCUCGGUAUCAUUGCCUCAUAUCCGAUAUCCUUCUUCAGUGGACGGUGCAAGCAGCUGCGAGACUGCAAAUUCCUCGAUACAUUCUGAGCGCAAUGUCGGCGUUUGCGGUUUUGAUGGUACUUCAUCAUCCAAUCACUAAAAAAGAUAUGGAGAGGCCAAAGAUACUGCACUGGCCAAACAUCAUCCCGGGUCCCCUCAUCAGUACCUUCUUCCUUGCCAAACGAAAAGGUCAAGGUCCGACAUUUGUCAUAAAUUCUAUAAAGGGAGCAGCAGGUAUCUUGGAGAACACAUUUUCCGAACUGGAACAUGUAGGUCGAUUGCUGAGCUUCAGAGAAAGGGAGUUAACAUGAUACCAGUAGGUCCACUGUCAUCGACGGUACAACCGACCAAGAACUUCAAAGGCCACUCUAACGAAAACUUCAACGACGUCGGGGACGAAUGUCUUAAAUGGCUGGAUGAGCAGCCACCGACUUCGGUGGUGUAUGUUAACUUUGGGACCACGGGAUUCACCAAUUUUUCCAUAGAAAUGGUGCACGAGUUGGCACUGGGACUCGAGGGAAGCGAAGCCAGAUUUUUGUGGGUCUUGAGACCGCCGCCAGGACUCUCCGCAGAGGAGGCGGAGCAGGUUCUGCCUAGUGGGUUUGAGGAGCGAGUCAAAGGCCGGGGGCCUAUCACUAGAGACUGGGCUCCACAGCUACAAAUAUUAGAACAUCGUUCGACUGCAGCGUUCCUUAUGCAAGGAGGUUGGAAUUCUACUCUGGAAACUAUCUGUAGAGGUGAUCCGUUCAUAGCAUGGGCCACUUUUGCCGAUCAGCCUGUCAAUGUCAAAUUUGCGGCAGACGGAGCAAAGUUGGGGGUGAUGCUUCCGAGUCAAGACGUUAGUACAGGGCUGCCGUUGAGAGUGGAUAGACAUGACGUAGAAAAGGCAAUACGAUUAGUGUUGUCGUCCGAAGAGAGCAAUCUCAUAAGGAAGAAUGCCCAGAAUAUGAAAGUCGCAGCGGCCAAAGCAGUCAGUCCCAAAGGGUCCUCCUCCAGAAGCUUGAUGAGCUUUGUUAAAGGCUUGCAGAUCGCAGAAGAGUAUCGCCAUACAGAAUUACACAACUGA